GCUCUUGUUUAUGAUUGGUCGGAUUGAUAAAAAUACAAAAUGCACAACAUAAUAAAUACGGCCAAUUUCAAAACAUGAACUCACGUUUGUGAUUUUGCUUUUUUUGGUUCAUAAAUUCAAGAAACGAAGAGAAAUGUCAGAUGAAGAUGAGGCAAACAAGUAUAACAAUGAUGUUGAUCAACAACCUGGAAAAAGGUAUAAGAAACUUGUGGCAUGUGCUAAUAAAGCUUUCCAUGAUAAAAAUUAUGAAGAAGCAAUUAGGCGCUAUACCCAAGCCAUCGAAGCGGGCUAUAGAUCUGCACAUUGUUUUGGGAAUCGGGCUGCUGCAUUCCUCAAGAUGAAGAAAUAUGAUGAAGCAGAAACAGAUUGUUGCAAAGCUAUGACAUUGAAAAAAGAUUAUGUUGAGGCCUACAUCAUAAAGGCAAGAUGUCAUUUUUUUCGAGGUUCACUUGAUUUAGCUGGUGAAAUGUUGGAAAAAGCAAAACUGAUAAACCCACACCACAAGACCUUGGCUAAAGAGUUUUCGAUGCUUGAAACAAUUCUAAAGUACGAAUCGGCAGCAGGACAGGCUUACAGUAGAGGAGACCACAAACAGGUGGAGUGCUACGCACGAAUUCUGAUCGCUCUAUCGCCUGGUUGUGAUCGUUAUAAAGUUGGCAGAGCUUAUUCUCUUGUCUUGAUGGGCGAAUUCACCAAAGCUUUAGAUCAGACAAGCUCUGUGCUGUUGGUAGAUGAAAAAAAUUCUGAUGCCUGGUAUGUUCGGGCAUUGUGCUUUAAUUUCCAGGGACGUUUCCAGUCAGCCUAUAUAGCCAUCGUUGGAAAAGCCCUGAAAUAUAAUCCCGAUCACGAGAGAAGCAGAGCUAUUGCACCGACGCUUGUGACUAUGAAACGCUUGCAAGAUGAUGCGCGUAGAGCUUUUGAGAAUGGGAUGCCACAACUAGCGCAUCGUUUGUAUUCUGAGGCGUUGGAUAUUGACCCCAUGAACCAGGCCGGUUGUGCAAAUAUAUACUACAAAAUGGGGUUCAUGAUGUGCACGUCAAAGAUGCUUCCGGAAGCCAUUAUGGAUUUGACACGUGCAAUUGACUUAGAUGGGGGCCAUUUGAAAGCACGCCUACUUAGGGCGAAGUGUUACAGCGCAUUUGGACAGUAUGAGAGAGCCGGUGACGAAUAUCUUAAACUCUACGCCAUGACCAGCAUCCCAGGGUAUUAUCGAUCAUCCGAAGAAGCGUACAAUGCGAGGCGUAACCUCUAUUUUGCCCUCUAUACCCUAUCGCUGACUGAAGAUUGUUCAGCUUUGGACGUCGAGGAAGCCUUUCGUAGGGAGGCGGGACUGCAUCAUCCAGGUCGCCAUCCGGUGGCGAGUGACGAGGUAAAGGAAAGAGAAGAGGAAAAAUUCAAAGAGAUUAUUUUGUGUCGGAAUAAGCUCGGUGUUGAAUUGCUGAAGAUUACGGGAAACUUCGUAAAGAGUACAAAUUUUGAUAUAUAUAAUUUUCUACGUUUCGACUAAACUAUCAUCAGAAUGAUAACUAUAUAUUCUUGGCGAAUAAGAUUAAAUUGAAUUUAAUUAAUAUAAAUCCUAAUGUAAUAUAGGCAAAUAGUUCACAAAGAUGGGCGUAGCUCGGUUCUGAGAUUGAAGUUAUUCGCAAGUAACACCUGGGUAGCACCUCCACAAAAUAUAUUUUUUAUCUUUUAAACCUGAUACACGACACGAUGGUUAUAAAAAAGUGGAACGUUUUUAAUGUUUUGCUAACAAAAUACACAU